CGGCGCCAGGACGCUGCCUGGUCUCCUAGCAACCACACGGCAGGGAAACAUGAACCCUGAUGGUAACCGGGAGCUUCAAGCCAAGGAAUAUUUAGAAAAACAUCGGAUAAUGGAGCUGCUAAACCAACUCACUAGCUUCCUCCUCUUUGACCGACCAAAAAAACCAAGAGAGUAUUUAAUCUCUCUUCUGGAACGGCUGAGAAUUGCCAAGAUAACAGGCAUAGCAUUCCCUUUCUUCAUGGACAACUCUAAUAUUGUGUCGAUGUUUGAAAUGAUGGACUCCUCUGGCAGAGGCUGCAUAUCAUUUAUGCAGUAUAAGGAAGCCCUAAAAAACUUGGGUCUGUGUGCUGCAGGUGAAGUUUUAAAUGAUGAUGGACAUAUAAUAACUUUGGAUAAAUUCAGAGAUGAAGUGAACAGGAGGACGGAGGAGAUAUGGUCAUUGUUUUAGUGACAUCAUAACUCAAGAUUAAUAAAUGAUUCUACCAAGUU